GAAGUAGCGGGCGGUGGAGCUGGCAACUGUCAGAACCCGCACCGGCCCCGACAUGCUUAAGUUGGAUCCUAUUCGUUUCUGAAUAUUACAGGGAAUGUUAUAAAAUAUAGAGCAAAGUUAUUCCCGGAAAAAUAAAAUCUCACAGUGAAAAUAAAAGGAUAAAUAAUACCGUCGCAUGAUGCACGAGAAAAUGUUAUGCCGAUUGACAAAUACGAACGAAUUAGAUUUCCUGUUAUUUCUCUACUAUAUUCUCAGGCCUCGUAUUCAUGAAUUACAAAUGCACGUGAUCUCUCCCGAUUCUGUUUCCACCACCCUUAAUCACUGGGUAAUUUGACUCCCGUGAAAUGAAAGUGAAACUCUUGAAAAACAGGCCAAGCAGAAUCUGGGAAGAGAAAGGAAAACGCUAGCUGUGUCUUUAAAUAUAUAUAGAUCUGAACAAUGAUGGCGUUUGUGGAGAAAAGGAAUUUGCAAUUUAUUUUGGACAAAUACACAGUGAUUUAAUUGACAAUCUUAGACAUGCCUUCUGCUAUCUAUACCAUUUAUGAGAUCCAGGGGUGUUUGGAUAAGCAUGAUUCGGGGAACAUGGAUUUGACGCUGAAUGAAAGAUGGUAGACUAAUGCAGCAUCAGUAAAGGUGGCGACAAUCGAUUUUCGUUCAACAAAUACCCCUGGAGGUCAGGGUCUGAGAUGCUUCUCCUUGCUGCCUUUACAAUCCCUGCCGUGUGGGUAUUGGUAUUGCUCUGGUAUUAUAUCUACAGAAGGUCGCUGGGCCAGAAGAGACCUUUCUUCAGCCUUUUGCACCAGUACCUCUUUCAGUGGUAUGUGAGCCUCCUAAGCCUCUCGCAGAGGCGAAGACUUGAACUCAGCACCAAAGAUGUUCGACAAGUGCAGCAAAGCACUCUGCUGCACAGGCUCCACAAGGACAGAAACACUGAGUAUGGAAAAAUGUACCGAUUCUCUGAAGUUACAGACCGUGAAUCUUUCUGCAACUUCCACCCCCUGACACAAUAUGGUCACUAUAAAGAUUACAUCCAGCGCAUUGGCAAAGGAGAAGAAAAUAUAUUGAUUUCAGAGAGACCAAGUGCCCUCUCUGUGACAUCAGGGACCUCAGGCUCUACCGCUAUCUUACUGAGUGUCAAAACGGCAAUUAAUGACUUCCAUCAGGCCUUUGGUGCAUGCUAUAAUGCAAGGAUUAAUACCUACCCACAAACCAGAAAUCUACAGAGAACUGCAAAGUUUUUCUACCCACCGGUUUGGAGAAAGUCAGAAUCCGAUAUUCCAAUUGGCUCCGGCUAUGUCUCUACAAUGGCUUCCAAACACUCACUGAGUUUGUACUCGACACCUGUGGCCGGAUAUGAAAUAACAACUGCAGCGGAGGCACAGUACAUCCACCUCCUUUUUGCCCUCAAAGAUCACACUUUGGGGAUCCUGGAGGCGAGCUUUGCUUCCAUAAUCUAUCAUGCUUUUGUUUUCCUGCAGCUUCGGUGGGAACAAUUGGUUGAGGACAUUAGGGUGGGGCGUGUAAAUCCCGAGCUGACUGUUGCCGAAGGUGUUCGCCUGAAGUUAAAUGCCCAGUUAAAGCCUGAUCCUCAAAGAGCCCUGAAGCUUGCUGGAGAGUUUGUGAGUGGAUUUAAGGGAAUUGCUCGCAGAGUGUGGCCCCACCUCAACUUGGUUGUUGCUGUGGAUUCUGGGGCGAACAACCUGUAUGGUGAUCACCUGAAACGAUUCUACUGUGAAGGUGUUCCUAUUUACUCUCCUAUUUAUGCAGCCACUGAAGGCCUCAUCGGAGUGAAUCUGUGGCCAGAACAGCAAGAGCGACAUUACCUUCUAUGUCCGCUAUCAAUGUUUUAUGAAUUUAUUCCUGUUAACUUCUCUGAAGAUGAACAACCACAGACACUGUUUAUGGAGGAAGUGAAGGAAGACGAAUUAUAUGAACUGGUCAUCACCAAUGCAUCUGGUUUGUACAGAUACCGGAUUGGAGACAUUGUGAAGGUGGUGGCUUUUCACAACCAGAGUCCAGUGGUUGAGUUUAAGUACAGGCAAGGGCAGAUGUUAAAUGUCAGAGGAGAAAAAAUUACAGAGCAGGCCUUCUACCAAACAUUACUGCGAGCUGUGAAGUUGUGGCCUGGUGUUGUGCUCCUCGAUUACUGUUGUGUAGAGAGUGGCCUUUUGGGGCAAUUUUGUGGUGGUUCAGAUCCUCAUUAUGAGGUAUUUGUAGAGAUCGAAGGAGUCAGAAACUUGUCAGAGGAACAGCGUUACAAGUUGGAUCAGUGCCUUCAAGAGGAUUCAACAGUGUAUCAAUUAUUUCGACGCAAAGGCAGCAUUGGACCAAUGAGAGUUCACAUUGUUGCAACGGGCAGCUUCAAGGAGCUAACGGAUUUCAUCAUCGCAAAUUUAGGCACUUCGCAUAAUCAGUUCCAAAUCCCCCGUGUUCUGAAGAACAAACAAUUUUUGGACUUCAUUCAAAGAAAAGUAAUUUCAUGAAGUCUUUGCUUUUUAGUUUCAUGUCUUUGAGCCUUAAUUUAGCUUCAUUCACCUCUUCCUUACGUUGGAUUGGUAAAGGCCAACAGCAGCUCUUUUUGGAUGUAAUUCUGCCUGACUCUUGUGACUGAUUUUGUUUUUACCCUUUUGUUAUGCGUCUUCGUGAAGUCAGUCCUGGGGGUUGGUGGUGCAGGGGUGCGGGGGUUGUGGUUGGAGCCGGACAGACUGUGCAAGCUCCAUUGGAGCGUGGAACCAACCAGGAUGGAAAAUCAUUGUCAUUUUGCCAAUAUUUGGAUUCUCAUGUAUACUGUAGCUUCAUAUGAGGUCUCUGCAGUGAAAAUUGUGGAUUGGAUGUACUAGAAUGAACUAAAAUCCUGCCUCAGGCACUCUGGGAGAGUGCUUUGGUCGGUGGGAUUUGCUAUCUGCCAAGAUAAAAUCUCUUCCAGAGAAACCCACUAUUAUCAUAACUAAUCACAGCCCAUUAAUCUGCAUAAUUAUUGAUUUUUUUUGCUUUAAAGCAAUUUACAUCAGUAAACAUACAUUCAGUUAUUAAAUCUGCUUGUAUUGCUGCAAAAUUUAACUUUAUUGUUCCUUCCCUUGCAAGUUACUUGCAGGGGACUGCUGCCAUUGUUUGACAGUGUAGAGUUCUUUUUUACUCUGUCAUGUUUUAGCCCGGUUGUUGCCUGUUCACAAUUAAAGUUGGAGUUGGUCCACA